GUUUAUACAAGGUGAGUGAAGAUAAGGUGAUAAGAAGGGCAGUGUUGGAUGAACGGUUGGAAAGGGGAGUAAUAUUUUAAGGAAAAAAAGAAGAAGAAAGUGCAGAAAGAGGGAAAGAGAGAAAUAGAGGGGGGAAAAAAGGAAAAAGGCGUGCAGAGAAAUUUAAAAGUCCAGAGUCGUAACAACAACCACCCCAAGAAAAAACAGCAGGGAGAGAGAGAGAGAAAGAAGACCAAAUCUUCAAGUGACUGAUAUCCCUCGAUAAGUGGUAGUGAGACUCACCGCCGACAUAGGAAGAAAAAAAGGAGGAGCAGGACACCAGAUCUGCCACCAUACGCACAUUCACCCUUUGUCGGCACUUGUAACCACGUGCCAUAGUCCAUCAAUGUUUGCAGGACGUGAACCCUACACUCCUACACUGCCAUCCUUGAUUCAAUUUGCUUCUGGUCAACUGCAGCCACUUCAAAGGUCCAUUUAAAACCUAUUGAAUAUUAUGAUAAAAUAUCUGUUAUUUUUUAAUCAUUUUUAAUGCAUAAUUAAUUUGUGAUGGAUGAUUGUUAUAAAUAUUUAAAGUUUUAGAGUUUACUUCAUUGUCCUCCGAGAAUUUAUUAUUUAAAAUUAAAUAAGAUUGGAAUCAAUAUCUUAUAAUGGGAUUGGAAGAUUUAAUCUUGCAUAGGCUUAUUCCUCUUAUUUCCUCACCAUUCCUGCAUGUCCAACACUCAUAAUUUAAAAGUGAGGAAGGUCACAAAUCAUUGCUUAGUUCUUUUACCUUUAAUAACAAACACACAUAAACUAGUUUAGGUUACUAGCUUAUGUAUUAGUUUUUUUUUUUUUAAUAGCAAACACACAUAUAUUAGUUUAGGUAAACUCUUAGCGUGUAAGUACAUUAGGCAUCUUUAUCAUUAAAAACAUACAUGAGCAACUUACGUUAGUUAGAAUGUAUAGGGUGAUUGUUAUCUUUCUUAUCAUAUAAUCAUCCUCUUAUAUAUAAUUUCUGAAGAUCAAUUAGCGUUUUCUAGUUGCCAUAAAACAAUAUGGUGAAUUCUUUUUUUAUAUAUUUUUCCUUUUUGCAUAUAGUUUGCCUCAACAUCCCUACCCACACACACACACACACAUAUUUUCACGACCCGAAUCUCGGGUCCAUGACUGGCAACGCAAGAGCGAUGUCGUAAGGAAGUCUCACCUGCACAAAGCCUUAGAAUAUACAUAUCAUAAAACAAAUUAUAUAAAGAUUUCACAACAUUUCAAUAUCUUUCAAAAUAUUAUAUUCUUCAAAACCAAUAAAAUCAAAUAACACUUCAAAAUAAUUAUCAUCAUCAUAUAAAGUAAAACAAUAAUCCAUAAUACUUAUUACGUUGUCAAAAUCUGAACUUAAUUAAAACAGUAUAAUAAUAGAGUGUCUAAGACAUCAAAUCAAAACUAAAAGAAAGCCUCGCAAAACAAACAAGGCAUACCGACUAAAAGGUAAGAAGUAGAAACACUUAACAAAGCCUACUUGCGAACAGAAACUAAGAACCUGAAAUAAUAUUAAAAAUAGAGAGGUGGGUUCAACCAGCUCAUUGAGUGAAUAACAUUUAACAUACAUCUUAUAUAUUAAUAAUUUGCAAGUCGAUUUAUUUUAAUAUAAAUAUACAUACUAAGCAUAUUAUCCUAAAGUAGUGGAAUACAUAUUAGAGAUCAGAUGACACUUGAAGGUGACCAGAUGACACUUGAAGAUGACCACUUUGGGAAUAUCAGUCACCACAGGUUGGUGCCUCUCUCACAAGCUACAUAUACAUAAUAUUAUGUGCACAUAAACUAACUACUCUCCGUUAGCAUAGAGUUACUGAAUGGCUUUAUUUAUAAUUAUUAAAGCAAUGUAUAUCAUAUUGAAUAGAAUUUAGUUCAACAUAAUGCAAAUGCAGUUUCAAGAAUGGAUGAAUACUCGAAAAAUAAAGCAACAUAAAUAAAUAUUCAAGCAAUUAACUAGUUGUACUUGUAGAAACACAAAUUUUCUACCAAUCAAAUUUCACCAUGUGUUAUUUUAUUCUUUAAAAGAAAGGAUAAAAUAAAAUUAAAAUAAAUGACAUGGAAAAUAAAUGAGCCUUCAUAUAUUUCUUGGCCAAUGAAAAGUUGACACUUGGGAUGAGAUAUUCAAGAUAUCUUAUCAUAAAUACAAGAUCUCAUCGGAUAUCUUGUCAUAAAGGCAAGAUCCUGUCAAUAAAUAUCAACCAAUAAAAUUAUGUCAUGUGGCAUUGGAAAAGGACCUGAGAGCCCCUACAGAUCUCUAUAAAUAGAGGGCCUCAACCUAAAGGAAAGAGGAUUCCGGGAGAUACAAAUUUCCUUCAAGACAAGCUCUUCAAGCAAGGAAGCUCUUUCUCUCUCUCUUCAAGCAAGGAAGCUCUCUCUUAAAGAGUUCUCAAGCCUCCUUCAUCUACGCUUGAAGUCUACAAAGAACGAAGCUCUGUUGGAUCAAGCCAAAACGCCCCAUAAGAGUUCUUCAACAACACUUUGAAGACAAAUCAAGGUGCUCAAAAUUGUGUCUACAAAUUUCUGGCGACUCCACUGGGGAUAUCUCUACCUCUCAUCUCUUCCCUUCAAGAAAGAAUUUUCAACAAACUCUCAAUGGAAACUAGGAGGAACAUGAUCACCAUUGUCGCUUUGGAUAGCAACAAGGCUACUUAUUCAAGUCGUCGACAUACCAUUGAAGAUUCUUCAACUCCACUAUUGAAAACAAAAUCCAUCGUCGAGUUGUAUGCACAAACUAAGCCGACUCUCAAGUUGACAUCAACUUUGAAUGCAAGAGGGGCACAAGAUCUCGCCUCAAAGAUGAAGCCACAAGCAACUCCAUUACAAAAGUCAAGUGGGGCUCGCGAAAUUCUCUUCGGCACUCAAGGCGACUCCGACAAUUCAUCUAUGGAAACUUCUCCAUGUCAAUCACCAAGUAAGGCUUUGAGUUUCGACACCAUGUCAGUGAUGACGACCGGGACAACAUCUUUAGAGGACCAAGUGGCUAACUUGACAAAACUCGUCGAGGGGCUUUCGACUUCACUCGAGGUAAAAGACCACGAGAUAGCAAAGUUGAUGAACAAACUUGAGAGCUUGAACGAAGGAGGCCAAACCUCGACUACCAAGGCUUUCCAAGUAGAUCAACUAGAUGUAAUUGAGGAGUCUGCAAUCGGAGCUGUGAAGAAUAUAUGUGGUAUUACUGAUGGCAUCUUUACCAUGAAUCAACUGAAAGAACUUGUCAAGGAAGCCAUCACGGACCAAGUAGAAAGCUCAGUUCAACCCUCAUAUUCUUAUGCGAAGCCAUACACCCAACGAAUUGACCUGCUAAAGAUGCCUCCGAACUAUCAACCACCAAAGUUUCAACAAUUCGAUGGCAAAGGGAAUCCUAGGCAAUAUAUAGCUCACUUUGUGGAGACUUGCAACAAUGCCGAAACUAAUGGCGCUCUCAUGGUAAAACAGUUUGUUCGUUCCUUGAAAGGCACUUUUGGAUGAAAGAUGCAAAAAGGAGUAAAUUGGAGAUAAUUGGCAGAUUUGACCUUAAGUCGAUGUUUUGUGCAGAGCGUGAGCUCUAGAGGUUGAAAUGAAGUGAUUCCAGUGGCAUUAAAAAGCUAACAUCCAUACCUUUCUGGACAUCUAAGGAAAGAAAAUAAAAUAAGGAAGAGCAUGGAAAUCGCAGCCUUCAAAGUCAAAUCUCGCAAUCUGCCAGUGUUGACCUUCGGCCAUUCCAACUUGAAUAUCUGGAGCUAAAAAAGUCAAAUUGAUGCAAACUCAAUUUUUUUGGAUUCAUGUCUCAAAGGUCUAUAAACGCUCCAAAUUUCAGCAACAACCGAUGUCAUAUGAGGGAGAUAUGAUUUUUCAAAGAUGACAACUAAAUUCUGCCAGCAAACAGGUUUCGUGAAGAAACGAGUCCAAAUUACGUUCCGAAGCAUCUAAACCGAUAUCCAAGUUUGUAUUUCAGCAAUUUAGCUCCUCUAAGUCAAAGCUUGAAGAUUUCAUGCAAGGCUAUUUCUCCUUUUUUAGAAAAAUAGUUAUUGAAGUACUUAAAUGUAAACAAUCUACUUAAUGGAGGACUAUUUUGUAAAAUAGAGACCUAGGGUUUCCUAGGAUAUAAAAAGAAUGAGAGAAGAGAAGGGGGGCAGCCAGCCAAGAAGAGAAAAACGCCCCCUUCCUCUAAGAAACCCUAAAUUAUGCAUUCUUCCUUCUUUUUGAUUAGUUGUUCAACAAACAUGCAAGGCUAAACACUUUUUCUUGGUUACAAGGACACGGAAACCGUCGGAUUUCAAGAACUGUGAGAUUUAUUUUACCUUUUCUUUUCAGUUUAUAUGAU